CUCUCAAUCUACCUGAAGCAUUAAGUUAGUACGUCUGCACUGCACGAGAAGCAAAUGUUGAACUUCGUCAGUGCGGAUUAUACAAGCAAGCAAACAACAGAACGGUUUUCAGACUGCGUUAAAUGUUUAUCACAAUUCAUCUCUGUGUACAACAGAAGUGACCUCAGUGAGUGUUCGUCGAAUAUUUUUUAGUUGGCCGUUCACUGGAAGGAUCUAAUGGGAUUUAGCUCCUUUUUAAUGACCCUAAAGGAAUUUAAACAACUGCAAUUAUAAGAAUAAUACAUUCCAUACUUUACAUUAUGCUUCAAAUCAUUAAGGCUGAUAACUUUAGUAGAUGGUUCAUUACAUGUGAUCAGUGAUAGUGAUUAUGAAAGUGAACAGCGUGAUAAAGUUAUUCUGAGUUGGCCUUCAACACCUGUUGGUAACAAACCUUCAGAAAUGAAAUGGCUGAUUCAUACGAUGACUAAUUUAAACCAAGGAAAUUAAAUCAUUCGCUAAUUUGAAUGCGGACUAUGGCAUGGACAGUCAAGAUUUGUAAGAUUUGAGGUUUUCACAUCGGGGUGCACCAUGAACACGUCUAAAGGCGCGAAACGUCCGAAUGGUGUUGAGGCGGAGAGCAUUCAGUCCAACAGAAUACGUCCCAUCAAAGUAACAGCGGUCGGCGACGGAAUGGUCGGGAAGACAUGCCUUUUAAUCACAUACGUAUCAAAACGUUUUCCCACAGAGUAUGUUCCAACAGUGUUUGACAAUUACGCUGACAACAUAACAGUAGAUGGCCAAGAAUUUAAUAUGACACUGUGGGACACAGCUGGGCAAGAGGAUUAUGAACGACUCAGACCACUGUCAUACCCAAAUACGGAUUGUUUUCUUUUGUGCUACUCCGUAUCCAGUAGAACUUCAUUUGAAAACGUGGUAUCGAAAUGGUGCCCAGAACUGAAACAUCAUAUGCCACAUGUUCCCAUUGUAUUAGUUGCCACGAAGAUAGAUCUACGAGGGGAAGAUCCUGAAUGUAUUUCAUUUGCUGAAGGGAAAAAGCUGAAACAGAAGAUACAUGCAGCAAGAUAUGUUGAGUGCUCAGCCAUCAAAGGUGAGGGUCUUCAAGAAGUUUUCAUUGAAGCCAUCAGAGCAGUGAUGAAGAAACCACCGACUGUGAGGAGAGCUUGCAGUUUUCUCUAGUCUGCAGCAAUCAUGAAUUGAAAUUAUUGGAAAGUUCCAAAUCUCUUGCACAAAAAUUAAAGAAGACACUGACGACAACACAGGGUUGCCAAUUUGUGUGUGUGUGACUGAUAUGAGAUAAGCUAUAUCUAAAUAUUAUGGGCAUUGAGAAGAUGGCAGUCUUCUGGGUUGUAGCACUGUGUAGUCUGGUACAAGUUUACUAAUGUUUCAGAGGUCAUUGCUGCCUCCAUCAUCAGGGCCUCAAACCAUAAGACGGCCAUCUUCAUACUCACCGCUGCGAGAACCUCAAAUCUUACCUAUUAUGGGCAUUGUCCAUGAUAAUUAUUUUUUUCCAACCACGACAUUUCAAAAAAGGGAUCAGGUAGCAGAUGGGGAAGGUUCCUAUUCAGACAGAGCUAGUCUAGAUCCUGUUUCUGAAAUAUCGUGUUUGGAAAAAUUUGUGAUGACGGACAAUUUCGAAAAUUGUAACCAUGUUUGUGAUUUGAGAUAAUUUGAUACUUAGUGGAGUUAUUUUAGUGGAGAGACAUGUCUUACAAGUGAAAUCCAACGUAAAGAAAGCGAAGUGUCUCGUGUGUCUUUACGUUAAAAAUCUGUAUCCUACAGUGUCUUUUGCUGAGCAACUUGCAAAAUAAUAAUAGCAAUAUUAAUAAAGUAUUUUUUAGUAUGGCAGAAAAUCAGAGUCAUAACCAGUCUAAGUAGAAGCUGCUGCCUUAUGCUAAUUGGAAUUUUAUUAUUUUACAUCAAAAUGUGCCAACAAAUAUAUGCAUCAUGGACAGGAUAAAUACUGUGGAAACAGUAAUUAAAUAUUUAUUAUGGUUAAUGUUUUAAACUACUAUCAUUUGAAUUUCCAAUUUAUUCAAAUUACUUUAACAGUAUUUUUUAUAUUGGAGUUAAUGUUACGUGAUGUAUGUUACCUAUUAUUCUUUUAUUGUUAUUCAGUGUUCUGUCUGACAACAGAUCCAUUGCUCUGCCCAAAAAGAGCUCUCCAGUUUUCCCUAUUCUCAGCUUCUCGUUUUAAUUCAUGGAACUUCAUCUUCUUUCCU